GACGCCAUGACCGACGACAGCUACGCCUUGGCACCGUGCGCGAUCUGCGCACGGCAGAAACGACGAUGCAAACUACAGCGAGUGCACAUACCAACGCCAUCGACUGAAGAGUGCCCCGAAUGGCUGUCUUGGCCCGCCGACACCUGGACCACGCACAAAGCGGAAUGGUAUGCCCAAUUGGACAAUGUGUUCAGCAUCGACAGGCACAUGGAGAUUAUCUUCUGCGUAGCCGACCGCCUACACGAAGCACAGGAAAACGUGGACGCUUGCCGAAAGGACGAAGAGAGCACCCUGGGGUUCGCAAGUACCGCUGCAGCGGAAAGCUGGCUAGAACGAGUGCGCUGCUGGGCGGCCGCUGUGAGAGCCGAUUUGGAGGCCGACUCUAUCUCCUCGCCGACGGGGAAUCCAGACUGCAGGUGGUUGGUCUACCGCAAGGGCAUCCUCUCCUCCGACACGAGCGACGGAAACGUCGUAGCCUACCCGCAGAGCCCUGACGCUGCGCCGACGGCUCUGGGCAUGCUGCCAGCCGCGCUGGCCCAGACCAUGCUGGUGCAGUUCGUAGGCGCCGUAACCGACGAUCUCCGUCGACACCCCGAACUGCAAGUGUCGGUGAGGCGCCUGCGCGACGCAUUUCGAUGGCUCUCCUCGAACAACUGGGCAUUCAUGCUCGCCACCAGGCACCACGACACUUGGCGCGACGGUACUUUGCACGCUGUGUUCGAAAACCUCUUGGACGCUUACAAGACAAGUAUUGGGAGCACCGAAGGCGUUCCAAGGGAGGUGCUCGCUGCGGCGACACCGGCAUCUGCGGCGAAAGCCUCCGUGGCCUCAGAGGGGCCUGCUGAUUGCGGAGAUGGCACCGAUCCCGUUCACGACCAGAGUGAUGUGCGCGAGGACACUAGUGCAGCAGUGGUGAAUGGUGGCAUGGACGACGUUACGUCAUUGCGACUCUGGACGUAA